AAUAAUUUCAUGACACCGGAAUCUUGGAUACUCCUUUUUUAAAUAUCAUUUUUUAAAAAAGGACAGGACUGAAAGGUCAUAAUGCUAGACGAUAAAGCGCCGAGAUCACGGCUGGGUCCUCCAUUGAGAGGCUCGUCUUUUUACAUCGAGAACCUGCUGGGGACUGCAUUCAGAAGGGAUUCGCCGGAGGAGCGGGGGGAGAACCCGAGCCUCAGAGUUUCACACACUCCGGCGAGGUGUCCGGCAGUGGAAACUAAACGUGUAGUAGAGGACAGGGAAGAGCUGACUCGGAGCGGGACAUCGCCGAACACAAGAAGUCCACGGGAUGAGCACUCAGACAGUGCAGCGCACAUGAGCGACCGGGACUCCCCUCCUCCAGCAGGGCGCGCGGAGGAGCACGAGGAGCCGGAGGAGGAGAAGGGAGACGAGAGUCUGACGGAUGACAGGGAGGAGGAGGACGCGCGCUCCUCCUGCUUCUCACGAGAGGACAGCUGUGACACAGGUGACAUCAAAGUGGCCCGAAAGAAGAAAACCCGCACCGUGUUCAGCCGCAGUCAGGUCUUCCAGCUGGAGUCCACCUUCGACAUGAAGCGCUACCUGAGCAGCUCCGAGCGGGCCGGUCUGGCCGCCACGCUGCAGCUCACAGAGACGCAGGUGAAGAUCUGGUUCCAGAACCGCAGGAACAAGUGGAAGCGGCAGAUUGCGGCAGACAUGGAGGCCAGCGGCGCCAUCACGGCCGCUUCUAUCCCCUACGCUGGCCAGAGGGUGGUCAGAGUUCCCGUGUUGUAUCGCGAGAACGUUUCCGCCCCUGUGACGCCACCCAUGGUCGGCUUCUCCAGUUCCAUCAGCUACCCAUUGACUUCCCCCUUUACCCACCCGCUGUCGUUCAUAACGCCACAGAUGAGCGGACUAGUGGGACUUUAA